AUGUGGAAGUUUUUCUUAUUUACACUUUUAUCUAUCUAUCUAUCUAUCUAUCUAUCUAUCUAUCUAUCUAAUUUUAUAAAUCUAUUUCAUUUUUAUCUAUCUAUCUAUCUAUCUAUCUAUCUAUCUAUCUAUCUAUCUAUCUAUCUAUCUAUCUAUCUCACUCGUUGCUUAUUUAUCUAUCUCGUUCAUUGGUUAUCUAUCUCCCCUCCCUCAUUAUCUAUCUAUCUAUCUAUCUAUCUAUCUAUCUAUCUAAUUUUUAUAAAUCUAUUUCAUUUUUAUCUAUCUAUCUAUCUAUCUAUCUAUCUAUCUAUCUAUCUAUCUAUCUAUCUAUCUCACUCGUUGCUUAUUUAUCUAUCUCGCUCAUGGGUUAUCUAUCUCCCCUCCCUCAUUAUCUAUCUAUCUAUCUAUCUAUCUAUCUAUCUAUCUAUCUAUCUAUCUAUCUAUCUAUCUCAUUUUAUUUAUCUCCCCCUCUCUCUCUCUUUCUCUUUCUGUCUCUAUCUAUCUAUGCAAUUACGUGUUUCUAUAAUGGAUACGUAUGCCGGACCGUCAGCAUAUCACAAAAAAAUAUUGAAAUUCCCGAUAUUUCAUGAUGCGCAGACAACAGUUCAUAGCUUUUCCUUUUCUAUUCAUGAAAUUUUCUUUUUUUUAUUCUUUUUUUCUUUUUCAUUUUUAUUUAUUUUCCGUUCUUUUUUUUUUGUUUUCCUUUGUUUUUUUUGUUCUUGUUUAAAAAUCGUAUCCCGCCGCUUCAUGAUAGUGAAUGCGAUUGACGUCACCAAAUUGACGAUUCGAGCCGACGUAUGGAAGCACAAACGGAUCUGA